AUGCUUGGUGUUACUAUGAGUAAUAUUUUGGUUUAUGUCAACGAGUUAGAUUAUAACACCAUGUACUCCAUAGAUUUGAGAUCCAAUCGCUGGGAAGUCAUUUGCGACAGAUUUUGGGGUGUAUGGUCCCCUGGGGUGAUACUUUUUGACAACUCGCUUUUAUUCUCCCUUGGAACGCAAAACCCAUCAUCGGAUAAAGCAUCCCUCGGUUUUAAGGCUCGACCAGGGGUUUAUGCAUUUGAUAUUCGUGCUCGUAGAUGGUUGUCCAGGCCACUUGAGGGCCUGAAAAAUGAGGUAGGCCAUGAAAAUUUUGGCCCUGACCUUGGCCUUGAGACAGUCCUUCCCAGUGAGGGUUCAUAUGACCGUGGAGUUGUCCGUGGCCCUACGGAUGAGCCUGUAGACCCAUUCAAGCCAUGGUGGGUUCCACUGUCGUUGGUUAAAGUUGGAGUCGAGAAUGGCGACCACAAGUUGGGUUUGGUAUGGGAUCGCAUGAUCAUCUACGACAACGAUGUAAAGUCUUGUCAAAUUCAUUGGUGCAAGUUCAAGAUACUUACCCCUAAUGGUGGUGAUAUAUUAAAGGCUGAAUUGCUGUCAAGUGGAAUAUGCAAUCUAGAUAAAACCACUUACAUGGUGAUGAAUUGCACAGCAGGAUUGGUAGUUGCACCAAAUGAGGGCAAUGAAGAAGAGAAGGGUGAUAAAAGAAGAAGAGAAGGGGUCACUGCACCAGAUGUCGGUAAUGAAGAAGAGGGUAAUGAAGAAGAGUGA